ACCGGAACCGGAAAUACGUAAUUUGAGCGCAGUGAGUUCAUAUCCGGGUGCCGGGCUACAGGGAACCGACAGUGAUCACCGAACAGCGAGUGUGUACCGGAGACCGACAGUGAUCACCGGACAGUUGUGAUGGCGGCACUCUCCCUUCACUCUCAUCCCUUCCCUGAGUCGGCCAUCUUGCCUGCGAGUCCAUUACCGUCACAGAGGCUGAUCAGACAUGCUCUGGCGAUUCUUCAUCUCCUGACUGUAGAGGGUGACGCUGUGACGUCGGCGGACGAUCCCCUCUCCAUGUCACAUGACAGAAGACUUGAUGAGAAGAAGGUUGUGGUGGAUCAGAUAAUGAAGCUGGUCCUGGGAAUCCUCCAUUUACUGAAUGAUGGUCCCCACCCCCCAGAACACUCGGACAAUCAUUUCUCGGAGGAAGAAUGGCUGCGAUUGGAGAAGGAGCAGCGGCAGUUGUACAGCGAGCUUGUGGCGGACAAUGACCAGACUCUGCACACUCUGGGUCCAUUCACUGUGAAGACGGAGACAGUCCCACCCACAGAGAUUGAAGAAGUGACUGUGGCUCCAGCAGAUGAGGCCACAACCUGCAAUGGGAAAUUGAACCUGUACCCGGACUCUCAGGCCGACGCCUCCAGGAGCCCCCUCUCCGACUCCUAUCAAAACUCCUUUCUAGAUGUAUUAAAGGGAAGCAGCCUGUCAAGUUUUGCGGCAUCUGCCAAUCACACAGAUUCCAAUGCAGGAUCCUUUAUAAAUGACUCGGGCCUUAUCACCUACUCCAGAACAUUUCCUGAGACAUGCAAGGAUUCCUGUAUGAAUACUAUAACUGAGGAGCCAGGCAUUUCACGGAAUCUUCCAGGAAGCGACUUCACCGACCCCUAUGUGGCAGGAUCAUCGGAUGAUUUCCAUGUGGAGAAUUUGCCGAUCAUUAAGAUCAAGCAGGAACGUUCCCCGACGAGUCUUCAGGCUCCGCCUUAUACGGUGGAAACGGACGACGAUCGGCAGGAAGCUUUGCAGCUCGUGUGCAAAAAACGAGGAAAAGCGAGCAAAGUAUCCAGCAGAAACAUGAGACCCGGUGCUCCGGAGCUGAGCCAAGUCACCCGAUCUCUUCUGCUGCCCGGCGGCAAUAACACGAUCCUAAGCGCCGGCGAUCAGUGCAAGAUGUACCUGGGCCUGGCAGUGACGACCCUUCCCCCGAAGAAACCCUUCCAGUGUCAGCGCUGUGAAAAGAGUUUUAACUGUAGGUCCCACCUCAUCAUGCACCAGCGCGUGCACACGAGGGAGCGGCCGUACGUGUGCGAGUGCGGAAAGUCCUUCACACAAAGCUCCAAUCUGUUCCGUCAUCAGCGCAGCCACCGCCAUCACAGACAGCAUGUCCAGAACUAUUCCUGUCCCCAAUGUGACAAGGACUUCCCCGACCUCCCCGCUCUUCUCUCUCAUCAGACCUCCCAGCACAGCGCCGCAGACGCCUUCCUGGACAUACAGUGACGGGACGAUCGACUCUCUGUAUACAGAUAGGACUUCCCCGACCUCCCCGCUCUUCUCUCUCAUCAGACCUCUCAGCACAGCGCGGCAGACGCCUUCCUGGACAUACAGUGACGGGACGAUCGACUCUCUAUAUACAGAUCACUUCCUGGACAUACAGUGAUGAGACGAUCGACUCUCUGUAUACAGAUCACUUCCUGGACAUACAGUGAUGGGACGAUCGACUCUCUGUAUACAGAUCACUUCCUGGACAUACAGUGACGGGACGAUCGACUCUCUGUAUACAGAUAGGACUUCCCCGACCUCCCCGCUCUUCUCUCUCAUCAGACCUCUCAGCACAGCGCCGCAGACGCCUUCCUGGACAUACAGUGACGGGACGAUCGACUCUCUGUAUACAGAUAGGACUUCCCGACCUCCCCGCUCUUCUCUCUCAUCAGACCUCUCAGCACAGCGCCGCAGACGCCUUCCUGGACAUACAGUGACGGGACGAUCGACUCUCUGUAUACAGAUAGGACUUCCCGACCUCCCCGCUCUUCUCUCUCAUCAGACCUCUCAGCACAGCGCCGCAGACGCCUUCCUGGACAUACAGUGACGGGACGAUCGACUCUCUGUAUACAGAUAGGACUUCCCCGACCUCCCCGCUCUUCUCUCUCAUCAGACCUCUCAGCACAGCGCGGCAGACGCCUUCCUGGACAUACAGUGACGGGACGAUCGACUCUCUGUAUACAGAUCAC